UUGGUUCCUCAGCUAUAUGCCUGUACAUAACCUCAUAAACCCAAUCUCUUUUCUAAGACUAAAUUUUGAUAGCAAAAAUGGAACACCAAUCUUCUACACCUCAUGUGCUCAUCUUUCCACUUCCAAUACAAGGCCACAUAACUCCAAUGUUAAACUUAGCUGAACUUCUUUGCCUUGCUAAUCUUAAAGUAACCUUCCUUAAUACUACCCAAAACCACAAACUUCUAACCCGAAACACAAACAUUGAAGCCCGUUUCGCCCGCUACCCUGGCUUCGUGUUCAGCAUAGUACCUGACGGGCUAGCUGAUGAACACCCACGAGCUGGUGUGAGCAAGUUCAAGGACUGGUCGAGUGAGUUGGUGGAGAAGUUAGCAUUAAGUGGUGAGCCCCUUUUGAGAGAGAUGUUGGUAGGAUCAACAGGAAUAGAUAAAGUUACAUGUUUGAUAAUUGAUGGGUGGAUAAGCUUUGCUAAUGAAGUAGCAAAUGAAGUUGAGGUACCAGUGAUUGCAUUUAGGUGUUCUAGUCCAUGCUACAUGUGGACUUAUUUCUGUAUUCCAAAGCUCAUUCAAGCUGGAGAUAUACCCUUCAAAGAUGAAGCAAUGGAUGAGUUAGUAAAGAGUUCGCCAGGAAUGGAUAGCUUCCUUCGUUACCGUGAUCUCCCCAGCUUCUGCCGGAACCAAGACACAUCCUCGUGCCAAGACCUCCUACAUUUGUUCAAUGGCGAAAUACAACGAAACAAGCAAGCACACGCAUUCAUUCUCAACACAUUUGAGGAUCUGGAGGAUCCUACACUUUCUCUCAUUCGUUCCGAAUGCUCGAAAGUUUACUCCUUAGGACCACUACAUGCUCACCUCAAAUACAAACUCAGCCAAAAGGAAACAACAUUGUGCAACAAUUCCUCUAGUAACUUAUGGGAAGUUGAUCAAAGUUGCAUAUCAUGGUUGGAUCAAAAGCCUAACAAAUCUGUUGUUUAUGUAAGUUUUGGGAGCUUAACUAUCCUCACAAAGGACCAACUUAGAGAAUUUUGGGCAGGACUAGUGCAUAGUAAGAAGUAUUUCCUAUGGGUUAUAAGGCCUAAUCUCAUUAUAGGAAGUGAACUUGAUAAUCCAACCCCAGAUGACCUCUUGGAGGGAACCAAGAAGAGAGGAUGCUUAGUGAAAUGGGCACCACAGCAAGAGGUCUUAGCCCAUCGCGCUAUUGGUGGGUUCUUGACUCAUAGUGGAUGGAACUCGACACUCGAGAGCAUAGUAGCUGGGGUGCCAAUGCUUUGUUGGCCUUACUUUGCUGAUCAACAAGUGAACAGCAGGUUUGUUAGUGAAGUAUGGAGAAUUGGGUUGGAUAUGAAGGAUGUAUGUGAUAGAACUAUAGUGGAGAAGAUGAUAAAUGAUCUAAUGGAUGUGAAGAAAGAUGAGCUGCAAAGAUCAAUGGACAAAAUUUCACAACUAGCAAAGACAAGUAUCUCGGAAGGAGGAUCCUCAUAUUCGAAUUUUAACCAAUUAAUCGAGGAUAUUAAAGCAAUGUCUAAGAAAGGGGAGCAUUAGAUACAAUCACUGGAACCUUAGGAAAGUAGAUGAUUAUGUAUAAACUUCCUCUGUUUUUUCUUUGUUUUUUUUUUAAUUAAAUCACUUGAGCGCAAGAUGGUUAAACAUUAUGAAAGAGUAUAAAACCAUUCUUGGGGUCUCAACCAUCAUCUUAAGUUCUUGAUUGAAUUGAUCCUUUAACAUGGUAUCAGAAAAAAAAAACAUGGUAUCAGAGACAGCGUGAUAUAAAGAUCACAGGUUCAAACUCAUCCACCCUGCUGCAUCCACGGGAAUACUCAUUUCAUAUCUUCUUCUCAUUCUCAUGCUGAUCACCACCUUUCCUUUUCAAUGUUGAAGCGAGGGAAGCCUUUUCUUUACAAGGUUUAUAUACUUGGCCAGGCAAACCCUUCGUCGAAGAAGUACAUCUGGUAGACAAAAGGGCUUUCAAUCCCAGUGGACUCUCGUAUGACAGAUCGUGAUAAAGUAUAAAACUAUCAUAUAACUCCGACCAUCGGUUUAAGUUUUUGGUUUAUUUGCUCAUUUUGAUACGUUAUAUAAUUUGAUUUAAAUUUUACUCAAAUUUGUAUACACUCGGCUACACAAGUUUUUUUUUCUUUUCAUGUGUAUCAUACGAUCAUAUUUUUCUAAAUUGUUAAAUGUAAAAAUAUUCAACUUCAAACAUGAGUUAAGAUUUUAUUUUAAUAUAUCAAAGUGUACGGUGUCGUGGCACAUACGGGUCGAACUCAGGAAGGUGCAAGAUUAAACAUUACUUGAUUCUAGAUUAUAAAAUAAUUACACAAUUCAGAAAUGGAGAAUAGUCUAAAAACUAAGGCUAAACUAAUGACAACAUAUGACAACUAUGUGAAUAUGAUAAUUAAAACACUAAGAUCAACCAUCACCACUAAUAUGGAUUGAUCAAACCAUAACUCGCUUCCCAAUUAUUCCAUUAUGACUUUGGUGAGUAUGAUAUUCCCUUAUGACUUAGCAAUAAGCACAGUUGCGAACCGAAACUAAAUCCUAAAUCAUUCAUUAAUACCUAAAGUUCACUUUCAUGAUAACAAAAAGGCCUAACCAACAUGUAUAUCUCCCAUUUUCAUGGCUUACAUACACAAUUAGAAGCAUUAAGAGCCGAUGUCAAUUAAAACCCAAUUUCAAUCCUCACCUAUUUUCGUGGAAGAAUUUGAAUUAAUGACAAGAUGAUCCGAACUAAGACUAAACUUUCGUUGAUGAAUUCAGUUGGUAGAAUAACAAUUUAGUAAGCAAGCAUAUAUAAUCCUAAUCUCUACUCCAACUUUCAUUGACAAUACAAGCUAGGGCUAAAAUAAGAUGCAAAAUUGACCACAAUAACAACCUUGUCAAACCCUAAGCCUAUAAUUCAAUAAAAUGGGAAUUAGAGUAACAAUUUACAUGAUCAAUCAAUAAUAGGGCUCAACUUAACCUUGAUAGAAAAACUACUCACUAAUCAUGGCAUUGAAAACAAUAAGUAUAAUUAAAGACCUGAUUGAAAAGAUCAAAGGGAGAGGAAAUAGUAAAACUCAUUGAUAGCGCUUGAAUCGUAGAAGAAUCCCAAACACUUGAUCAAAUUAAUCUUCAAACUCAAGUGUUUGUAUAGAAAACUGAAAUUAGGGCUAAACUCUAAUAAUAACAUGCAUAACUGAAUAGGAAGAAACAUCCCCUAUUUAUAUUUUCCGGAAAAAAAAAACUAAAAACAAAAA